CAGUAUAUACGCACGCCAUGGAGCACACUCCCGCGCCUUACGGCCCCAGGGCCGUCUACGGAUACGCCAUGUAUAUCGGGUCGAAUAUGCUCUUCCUGUUGUACGCGAUAUGGGCGAUAAUACCAGACGAGGUGCUGCACGAUCGCCUGGGCCUGACGUACUGGCCGUCCAAGUACUGGGCAGUCGCGGUGCCUAUAUGGGCGCUCACCGCCCUGGCCACGUUCGCGUUUCUCGUCUAUCCAGCUAUCAACAUGCUGAUAACUCCGGAUAUCGACGACAUCCGGACCAUCACGGAUAAGUACGCUCUGCCGAAGACCGAGACCACCCUGGGCGGGAUACCGGCUGUGUCCGACAUACCGAUUACAGAGGUCUGCCGGAGGCUGUACUUGAGAAGGAGCAACUCGUAGUUGCGAUAACUUUUGUUUAAUACAAUUUCUUGGCACCGCGAUGGGUGUACAACUGUUUGGAAAUAAUCGGGAGGCACGUGCCGCACGGAUCUGACAAAAAUAAAAGGGACAACGGUCUCGUAUUAGAGCA